CGACAACAUAAUUCUGUAGACUAAUCGUAUUAAGCUUCAUCGAAUUCACAAAAUGCGACGCAUGCAAUUCUCGACUCUAUACAGGUCCGGGAGUUCCCCACUCCUAAAACCUCGUAUCAUCAGUCUCAGUCACCACCGGUGCAUUGGCUCACAGGCCCAUGCCCAACAAGAAAAGUUCGUAAACAAGGAUCAAGCUUCUGCGAAGAAUGACGAAAAAUCGUCUGCUAUGAAGAAAUCAAAGAAGAAAACUACGGCAGAGCUAGACGCCGAACUGCAGCGGAAGAUGUCGGGUCUUUCUGGCGAUGGCGGCGAGGCCGGGGUAGAGUACGAGAACGGACAGCCGGUGGCCAUGAAGCGAAGCGUGAGGGAAAACAUGUUCCGCUACAUUUGAGAAUUGUGGCUAGUCCAACCAAUAUUUCUUCUGAGAUCUAUCGAGAUUUGUUGAGAGCUACUGCAGACCAACAGGGUGAUAGUACGGG